AUGAAGGAGAUAAAUGAACCCCUACAAUUUCGUAGUGCGAAGCUCGAUGAAGUAAUGGGAAGUAUAGAAAUAUUUCGACAAACAAUUAAAAACCUAGAGAAAAAAAAUAUUGAGCUUACAAACAAAAAUAACAACUUAGAAACCAGAGUAGGUGCGCCCGAACAACAAAUUCAAGCCAUGGAACAAGAAAAGCUUUCAAAACAGAUUGAAGUUUCCAACGUACCUUACAAUAAUAAUGAGAAUGUACAAGUCAUAGUUGAAAACCUAGCUCGAAAACUAAACGAUCCCAAAAGCGGCAUUAAGCAUACACAUAGACUAAGUGGAAGAGGUGAUCGUGAAGGAAACCUGAUAGUGGAGCUAAAAGAAGAAGCUGCUCAAACAGAGUGGAUAGCAGCUGCACGAUCAACAUCGGUGACUGUUGCAGACAUACACCCACAGGAACCUGGCAAUAACGGAAGAGUAUACGUAAGAGAAUGCAUGACUCGCUUAAAUAAACAAAUAAUGUGGCUAGCAAAACAAGAACUUAAAAUAAAACAGAACUAUAAAUAUGUGUGGUUCAAAAAAGUUUACGUAAAAGCACGCAAAGAUGACCAAGGAAAGAUAUUCUAUCUAAGAAACCUACAAGAUGUAAAUUCAUUGGCCAACAAGAAGCAGUAA